AUGCAGGCCAAUCAUCCCACUGUAUCGUCCAAUCCUCAGCGAGGACAAUCUGGGCAAUUUGUUCUUGAUACCAAUUUAUCAUCAUCUGCGAAAUGCCCCCAGUGUUCAAUUGAUCUACCUUCCAAUGAGGCGGUAUUAGAACACUUGCAGCAAGGAAAUGGUUGCUGGCCUGAAGCACAAGAUUGUCGUAUUCCUGUUCCACCCGCAUUCCUCCAAUCUACCAAGGAAGCAGGCAAAGACCAAAUUUUGGGACAGUACCACCCAUCGUCUGGCUAUAUAUUCGGAAAGGCGCCAAACAUCCUUGAGGCCAUGGAAAGUGACCAGCUUGCUUACCAGCGACAUCACACUCCAUUUUACCCCUUUCAAGACCAAGCAGAAUUUGAACUGGGAAAAUUCCUCUGUGAACACUUCACACAAAGUGAUAUUGACCGGUUUCUCAAGCUUGAAUGGGUGCACCAAGCUAAACCAUCGUUCAGUUCCAAAGACCAGCUACUUGCAUGGAUGGCUUCUCUUCCCACUGGACCAAAAUGGCGUUCAACGACGCUCGAGAUAACAGGAUACCCAACUGUUCAACCGAUACAGCUUAUCUGGCGCAAUGGCCUAGAUGUAGUAGAAGAUCUCUUUGCUAACCCAAUCUUCGCGAACCACAUGACAUAUGACCCACACAUUGUGGUUGAUGGAGACGAGCGCGAGUAUAGUGAAUAUUUUACAGCGAAACAAGCAUUCGAGAUUCAGGCAACUUUCUAUGCACGUGCUACCAUAGUUCCAAUAAUCGUUGCAUCUGACAAGACACCCAUGACGCGGCACACCAGAGGGCUCGAAAUGCACCCUAUCUUCGUCUCGCUCGCCAACAUCCAGUCUGACGUGUGGAUGAGAGCAACAAGCCACGCUUGGCGAUGUGUUGGCUUCAUGCCAAUUCCGAAAUUUUCUGACGUCCAUACUGACUACCAAACUAUUCUGAGUCAACGGUUAUUCCACAAGUGCAUGGAUAUCAUCUUCGCAGAUGCUAAGGUCGCAGCUAUGGCGGGCAAGUUUAUGCCCGAUCCAUCUGGCCACGUACAACACUGCUUCACGCCUUUGGCUGCUUACACUGCAGAUUUGCCAGAACAACAAGCUAUAGCAUGUGUCUCAAAGGUCGCCUCUCCUAUCACAUUGGCCACAUCUCAAUCCUUUGGCGACAGUCACUGCCACAUGCCACGCACGAAAGAACACACCCUUUCAGUGAUAUACGACAUCUGUCAAUGCAUUGAUCCAUGGAGGUUGCGAGAAUUUCAGGAGGAAGCCAAGGCUCACUCGCUAAGUGGUGUUCACCAGCCGUUUUGGUGGAAUUGGCGGUUCGCAGAUCCUGCUCGCUUCUUAGCAGGGGAAAUUCUCCAUACCUGCCAUAAAUUCUUCUUCGAUCACCCAUUCAAGUGGUCGAAAGAACUGGUGGGUAAGGACGAGCUCGAUGCCCGAUUUCGAAGCCACCAUAAGCGAGUAGGAAUGCGCCAUUUUUCAUCUGGAGUAUGUCAGAUGAAACAAAUGACUGGCCGGGAACACCGGGACUUGCAAUGCACCUUGAUACCUUCCAUUACCGGGGUCGUGCCUCCCCAGUUCAUUCACGCAAUUCGCACAUUGAUCGACUUUAUUUAUAAGGCCCAAAGCCCUGUUUACACUGAUAGCUCCAUUGAUUCCAUGGUUGCGUCUCUCAGAGAGUUCCAUGAUCAUAAGCAAGCAAUCUUAGAUGCAGGAGCUAGACGAGGCACCAAAGGAACAAUCGACAACUUCCUUAUCCCCAAACUCGAGCUUUUGCAGAGUUUUGCUGCAUUCACCGAGGAUAUAGGUGCCCUCAUCCAAUGGACUGCAGACGUCACCGAGCGUCUUCUCAUCACUCAUUGCAAGCUUCCUUUUGACAGGACAUCUCGCCAGUCACACACCUUUACAGAGCAGAUUGUCGAUAUUCUCAACCACGAGGAAUCAAUGCGGCGAUUUCAGUUGUACCUCUUCCUGCGGAUGCAUGACACCCCCCUCACCAAUGCCAUAGUCACAGAAGAGCAAGAAAUUACUGAAACUGACCCUGCUCUUGCAUGGAUUGCCCGCAUCGCACCUGGUGAUCCGAAUCAACGGUGUUUUGUCGGACCUCGUCCAGUUCGAAACCAUUUUCUGAAGGGUAUACUGUCCUCCACUGCGACGACUGCCUUCCACAUUACCAUCGCUCCUGAUCGAGCCAAAAUGUCCAUCAACGAAGUUCAGCAACUCUACAUGUUACCAGAUUUUAGACAAGCGCUGUCUGAUUACAUCGCAAAGGUUUCUAACGGUCAACCUACAGCAUCAUGGAGCUGUGAUCGUGGUCAUGUCAAGACGUGGAACAAAUUUCGACUACAGUUGCAUUCCGUUUUUCGCUCGCAGCUGAUUAUGCCCAGUCAAGUCAUUCAAGCUGCUCCGCCAUCACAAACAUUCCCUCUGGGAAAUUGUGAUGCGGUUAUUGCGCAGUCAAUACACGGUGACCGGGCAACAGAUAUUGUUAUGCAAGUGCGGGCUAUCUUCCAGCCCAUUCCGCCUCGCCACGUCACACUUCCCCAUUACCUCACAGAUCAACCACUCCUUUAUGUGCAAUAUUAUGAGAUCGUUGGUCAUCCACGCGAUGAUCCUGCCACCGGCAUGUAUACGGUGGCUCAACAAUAUCAAGAUGGGUCCGACGGUCAGAGGGUGAGAUUGGGCGCAGUCAUCCCUCUCACAGAUGUCACGCAUGCGGUAGAGCUUAUCCCCGUGUAUGGCGCAGGAGCUGAUCGUAGGGUGAGUGCAGCAACGAGUAUGGAGGUGUACGAACACUUUUACCUGAACAAUUUCUCGGACAAGGAGAUAUAUCAUGCAUUGCGCUCAGAUUUGCAGUAG